CCGGAUUCAUGUGAAACGCAGCUGCCAAAAAUUGGGGGUGUGAAGAAUAAAAGAAACAGUCAGGGGCGUAAAUUAAAUCUUAGCUAUAUUAAAGGGCUAAAAAAUAAUUGCCGUCAUAUGAAAUCCCCGCUGAGAUACAAAACUAAAGUCGUGCCCUUCAAUGGUGUCUACGGAGGUUAGCACCGCCGUCUCCGGUAUGAAACCAAUAUCUCCGCCUCAAGAAUCUGACGGCUCUGCUGAUAUCUUCGAUAACGAUAGGCUAAAGGAAACUUUUUCAAGUGGAGAACUUGAGUUUGAUGAUUGGACUUUGUUAAUCUCCGAAAUAGAGACUUUGUUCCCAGAUGAUAUUGAGAAGCUAUGUUUAGUUUACGAUGCUUUCUUGUUGGAGUUUCCAUUGUGCCAUGGCUAUUGGAGGAAAUAUGUUUAUCAUAAGAUACAGUUAUGCACUUUAGAAGAUGCUGUUGAAGUUUUCGAACGAGCUGUACAAGCAGCUACUUAUUCUGUAGGUGUUUGGCUCGACUAUUGCGCUUUCGGUGUUGCUGCGUAUGAAGAUCCUCAUGAUGUUAGUAGAUUAUUUGAGAGGGGCCUUUCGUUUGUUGGAAAAGAUUAUUCCUGCUGCACUCUCUGGGACAAAUAUAUAGAGUUCCUUUUGGGUCAGAAGCAAUGGAGUUCACUGGCUCAUGCAUAUCUCCGGACCCUGAGAUAUCCAUCCAAAAAAUUGCAUCUCUAUUACAAAAACUUCAGGAAGAUUGCAGCUUCUUUGAGAGAGAAGAUUAAAUGUGGAAUAGUUGUUAAUGGAGACCUUUCCUCAGACCCCAUGGAAGAAGAUUUGGUCCCUACACGUCACACUGAUGAGGAGAUCUCUAUUGUUAUAAGAGACUUGAUGGGUCCUUCCUCUAUCACGGCUGUGUCAAAAGCAUUGCAUGGAUAUUUGUCAAUUGGAGAACAGUUUUAUCAAGAUUCACAGCGAUUGAAGGAAAAAAUAAGUUGCUUUGAGACGCAUAUCCGCAGGCCUUAUUUUCAUGUAAAUCCGUUGGACACUAAUCAGCUGGACAAUUGGCAUGCGUAUUUGAGCUUUGCCGAAACAUAUGGAGAUUUUGACUGGGCUAUUAAGCUUUAUGAGAGAUGCUUAAUACCGUGCGCUAAUUACACUGAGUUCUGGUUCCGCUAUGUGGAUUAUGUUGAAAGCAAUGGUGGAAGGGAGCUAGCAAACUUUGCGUUGGCUCGAGCAUCACAAAUUUUUGUCAAGAAUGCAUCUGUUAUCCAUCUAUUCAAUGCAAGAUUCAAGGAACUCGUUGGAGAUGCAUCUGCUGCUUCCGUUGCUCUGUCUCGAUGUGGGGAGGAACUUGGUUUUGGUUUUGUUGAAAAUGUAACUAAAAAGGCUAACAUGGAAAAGCGUCUGGGUAACUUUGAAGCGGCUGUUACUACAUACAGAGAGGCUCUGAAGAAAACACUCAUUGGAAAAGAAAAUUUAGAAACCACUGCACUGUUGUAUGUCCAAUUUUCUCGUCUCAAGUACAUGAUAACAAACAGUGCUGAUGAGGCAGCUCAGAUUCUGAUAGAGGGCAAUGAGAAAGUUCCUCACUGCAAAUUACUUCUUGAGGAGCUUAUAAGACUCUUGAUGAUGCAUGGAGGGUCUCGACAAGUGGAUUUGUUAGAUCCUAUCAUAGAUAGAGAAAUAUCUCACCAGGCAAAUUCCUCCAAUGGUCUGAGCGCAGAGGAUAAGGAAGAGAUAUCGAAUUUAUACAUGGAGUUUAUUGACCUCUCUGGAACCAUCCACGAUGUGAGAAAGGCUUUGGGGCGACACAUAAAACUAUUUCCACAUUCUGCUAGAGCCAAGUCACAUGGGUCUUGUCCUUUGCGGAAAUCAUUCAGAGAGUUAAUUCAGAGAAGAGAGAAGACCCGUGUGUCCUCGGUUCAGGAGUUGUCAACAGACAACAGCAUUGACGAUACAGUUGUAUUGCCAGCCGAAGAAAAGAAAGAGUUGCCUCUAGACUCUGAUGGUGCCCAAUCUAAAGGUGCUGCUCGGUCAGACUAUUUAAACACCGAGCCUAACCAGGGGUCUCUGUCUUCAGGAUUUCAAGUUGAAGGAAACAAUAAUGUUGGAGACAGGGAGAAUCUCUGUGAGUCACAGAGUGAUCUGUCCUCAGGAUUUAAGGCGGAUGAAGGUGGUGAACGAUCUCGUGAAGUAGGCUUACCGAUCCAAGCCACACAAAAACAUGGUUUUGUCACUAAACAAGCUCACUUCUCGCCCAGUUCAGUAGAUACUGUGAAAUCUGAUGCUAUUGAGAUCCAACCUAGUGGCUCACGGGGUCCCCAAAGUUAUCUAAACCAAGAGUCUCAGAGGCAAGCUGGUCGAAACAGGUACCAUAGAAGAGAUCUAAACCAGAAUCAAAGAGAUUGGAAACCUCGUUCUCACGAGAGACAUCCCCAGAUGUCAUAUUCUCCAGUCGAAACCGGGCAGGGGAUUUUUAGUCAGCAGAGGGGUGUUGCCACUAUUGACAAUAGAACAGCGGUACAAAGCUCAGUCUCUCAGACUCCACUUAACCAAUAUCAGAACUCUGCCUCUCAGCUGCAUCCCAUGGUUCAAACAUCCACUGCUUAUCCUCAAAACCAGGUUCUUGGUCAGCACAUGAGUGUAGCCCCUUCAAACAAUCCAUCAACACCUCAAAGCUCAAACUCACAGAUUCCACAGAACCAAUAUCAAGACUCUGCAUCUCAGGUUCAAACAUCCUAUGCUUAUCCUCAAACUCAGAUUCCUCAGAAUCCAGUGCAAAGUAGUGACCAACAAGAAGGUCAGAUGCAGAGUAACGAAGCUUAUAACCAGAUGUGGCAACAGUAUUACUAUUACAAUUACUACUACCAUCAACAACAACAGCAACAGCUUCUGUCUCAACAAGCACAACCAAAUCAGAAUUCCCAGCCGCAACUAGAUCCGAACCUUCUGCAACUUAUCUCCAAACAGUACCAAUCUCCACCCCGAACUCAGUAUCCACAAUCUCAACAGGUGGAGCAACUCAAUACACAGCAACAGAGCAAAGAACCAACAAGUCAGCAGCAAAUUCAAUUCCAGCAACAACAACAGGAAUGGUUCCAACAGCAACAACAAUGGCAACAACAGCAACAGCAUCAGUACUACCUUCAGCAACAGCAGUCACAAGGAGAAGCAAAAGGUGAUGAACAAAGACAACCUGUGCCACAAGUUUCCACAAGAGACAGUUAUGAUAUUCAAAAGAGUCAAGAAUCUGGAGAAAAUGAAGUAGAUCAAUCUUCUGACACGUCCAUCACUUCUGUUUGAGUUUCAUGAAAGCCUAACUGUUGUUAUACUAAAAGGCUUGAGACUAAAUAUAACACGGGAUUAUUUCAGUGGACGAAAGUGAAGCAAUUUCAACUUUUAGCACAU